AUGCACAAUUUCAAACAAUUUUUCGAUGAAAAUAAUAUAAAUCAACCAUCAGUACAAUCAGAUAAUAAAUAUGAUCUUAAUUCAAUGUUAACUCGUCUCGAUCGUUUAUCACAUGAACAAAAUCAUCAAUUAAAUGAUUUUAUUCCAACAAAAGAAAGUUCAUUAGCUCUUUCAAAUAACUUUGAAUCAAGUUUAAAUCAAAGUGGAAUAUCAUCUUCUUCACCAGAUAAACGAAAAAUAAUUCGAUUUGAAGAAGAAAAUGAUUAA